AAUUCCCAUGGCUGGAGGCACAAGAUCAGCGUUGCAGAGACCAAAUAAUGCAAGCUGAUCAGCUGACGGAAGAGCAGAUUGCCGAAUUCAAGGAAGCUUUCUCCCUAUUUGACAAAGAUGGUGAUGGCACUAUCACAACCAAGGAACUUGGAACCGUCAUGAGGUCGUUGGGUCAGAACCCAACAGAAGCUGAAUUGCAGGAUAUGAUCAACGAGGUGGAUGCUGAUGGUAAUGGCACCAUUGACUUCCCAGAAUUUCUGACUAUGAUGGCUAGAAAAAUGAAAGACACCGACAGCGAAGAAGAAAUCCGCGAGGCGUUCCGAGUCUUUGACAAGGAUGGCAAUGGGUACAUCAGCGCCGCAGAGCUGCGCCACGUCAUGACAAACCUGGGGGAGAAGCUGACCGACGAGGAAGUGGACGAGAUGAUCAGAGAGGCGGACAUCGAUGGAGACGGGCAGGUCAACUACGAAGAAUUCGUACAGAUGAUGACUGCAAAAUGAAGACCUACUUUCAACUCCUCCCCCCCCCCUAGAAGAAUCAAAUUGAAUCUUUUACUUACCUCUUGCAAAAAAAAAAAAAAAAUUCAUUUACUCAUUCUGUUUCUAUAUAGCAAAACUGAAUGUCAAAAGUACCUUCUGUCCACACACACAAAAAAUCUGCAUGUAUUGGUUGGUGGUCCUGUCCCCUAAAGAUCAAGCUCCACAUCAGUUUUCCGAUAUAAAUACUUGUCCUACCUUAACAAUAAGGACGCGCUUAGUGGACUCCUGGCAGGUCCAUCUGCUCAUGAUUAAUAACACUGUCUGGGCUGGCCAGUUUUUCAUGCAUGCAGCUUGACAAUUGAACACAGUCAGGCAUUUGUAUUAAAAAUGAAAAAGUGAAAAAAACAAAUUCAAAACCUACUCAAAGGGUUCUAGUUCAAAUUGUUAGCGUACAUUGUCGUAGCUGGUUUACUGAGAAGAGGCGUUUAAGGUUGGUUCACCUCAGGAUGCUGUGUAGGAUAACUGUCCGGGCGUAGCCCCACUGCCGCAGGAUGGGCCUCGUCGUCCCCUGGUGACCGUGACACACCCUGGUGGCACGCCUGUGUGUGUCUGGCGUUGUCUGCAUUGUGCUAGAGCGGAAUGGGUGUCAGGCUAUCACCAUUCAUACAAAUUUUUAAAAAGAAACUUUUACCAAGGGAGCAUCUUUGGACUCUCUGUUUUUAAAACCUUCUGAACCAUGACUUGGAGCCGGCAGAGUAGGCUGUGGCUGUGGACUUCAGCACAACCAUCAACAUUGCUGUUCAAGAAAUUUACAAUUUACGUCCAUUCCAAGUUGUAAAUGCUAGUCUUUUUUUUUUUUUCCAAUAAAAAGACCAUUAACUUAAAGUGGUGUUAAAUGCUUUGUAAAGCUCAGACCUAAACGGGGAUGAGCCAGUCGGAGGGGAGGCCAGUGUACCUUUAAAAAUGCCCACAGCUCAGCAUUAGGUACCCCCCACCCACACAGACAUGCAUCCUAGCACCAACCACUGAGCCCAAGACCUUGCCCAAAACCAAGCAGAUACUGAUGGCUUCAUCUUGUUUACGGACAUGUGGGUCUACUUGUAUUUUCACUGGGGGGAGGGGGGAGUGAAUCAUGGUAACUGAUUAUUCAGGCAGUAGAACUCUUGAAGGAAAAAACAAAAACCACUUUCUCUCAAGCAUGUAUUUAGGGGUUCUUAUCAGUUGUGCUGCUGAUUACCUGUUUUAUGUGACUUUGAGACCAUCUGUGCAAGAGAUGACUUAGUGCGUCUGUAAUUGAAUCCUUGCUGUGUGUGGUAGAAGCAGUGGUCACUUUUCUAAGCCAGUCUCUUCAUGCCUAACGGACACUACCGGUCACCUUUUGAUGCACAAUUUUUAAUUUAUGAUUGUACUUAACUUUAGACUUCUACUUUUUAACUUGACUUGGCUCUUCCCUGCCCCCUGCCCCCAGUAGAACCAAUUCUGACCCCCAGCUUGGAAGUAAAACUCCAGCCCAGAGGGAAUUUUGUAUUUCUUUACGAAACUGUAACUGAAACUAAAGAGAUGCUGGUACUGAUCUUGGCGAUGGGAUUGGUCUGCCUAAAAGUCCCCUAAAAAGCAUAUUGGGUUUAGUGCAGAACUCUUUUUGAAGGCUGAAUGUGCAUUUGUCAGGGUGUUAACUGGUUGCAUCUUACUAGGAGAUUGGGUUUUGAGUGUUCCUGUGUGGGCGGUCUUCCUUUGUCCCGGAACAGCAGCAGGCUGCUAGCGAGGCGGUGGGAUGCGCUCUGCCGCCUAUCGGGUGCCUUCAGGGUUGGUUUAUGGAGACCCUGCGCUCCUCCGUCUCCUGCUCCCCGUCUCUCUGGCAUGUUGCAGCUCCUUCGUUUUCCCCGCCAGAGGGGCGGGUCAGAGCCAUGGGGAGGAGCCUGCCCCUUGCUUGGCUGCUGGUCUCUAGGCUGGGUGGUCGGUAGAAGAGAGUUUGGCAUCGUGGGCCAGGCUUGGCUUCGUUAACUCCCUGAAUCUGGAAAGAGCAUCUCAGUACCGUGGAGGUUUUCUCCUGGUGAGAUAGGACUGGGGUUUCUGGUUCGAGGAAGUGGGUAACCUGGAUAUUUCUUGCUGGGAGGUCAAGUAGCCAGACUGUUGACCCAUUGUCAGGCCUGUGGCCAGUGACUUCUUGGUAGCUUUAAAAAGGGUUAAGGACAAUUUGGCUUGUUUUUCAGGAACUUUGCCUUCUAUCUUAACCCUUUCACCAUGUCUUUUUUCUAGAAGCUGAGUGGACUCCAUGUUGGUCCUGUAGCCUUUCCUAAAAGACCACCCUUGUAGCCAGAUUCUUAGUGGCCAGGAUCCUGUUUAGGAACCAGAAACGUACCCCCAGGGGGUGCUGAGUCCAGUUUGGCCUCGAGGGGAAGCUUGGUCCACUGGAGCCUUUCUGGCCUUGGAGGGGACGACCAGCCCCCAAGGGUCAGGUGUCUGCAGUCCACGGGGGUUUGUGAGGAGGUGAGCUGGGCGAGGGGGGCACAACUCUGAAACUCGGCCAGACUUCCUGUAAACUCUGGCCCCACUUCUAACUGCUCUAUAAAUACAUAUACAUAUAUUUAUAUACAUAUAGAGUGACUAGUUUAACUGGCAUCCGCUUGAGCCUGAGACUUGCCAUAGAAAACGGCUGAGCCCUUGGCGCACACGCUCAUGGUUGCGUUCUCCAUCUGUUCGGGGUAGGUGUUGAGCAGCCGUGUCUGGAUGUUUCAGAUGGGCUUCUGAUGCACUGCUGCCAAGGAAGGCUUUUUUUUUUCCUGGUUUUUUGACAAACGAAUUUUUUGCACACUUUAAAUUGGUGACUUUCGGCAACUUUCAAACACUGAAAACUAGCUACUGUACAUAUUUUUAUAUCCUCUUUAUAAACGCAUGUCUGACUGUACUCGUGACCACGUCGUCACGCAGGGCUGUCCAGUCGGCCUGGCGCGCCUUGGGCCGUUGGAGAAGCAGUGUGACUAGCGGCCCCUCAGCAGUCCUGGGAACUUCCUCCUGAACAAAGAAUGUAAAUUUGGUCAAGUCUGCUCCUGGUUCAGUCACUUUCAACAUUUGAAGUAAUUACUGUAUAUCCUGAAGACACCUAUCCUUUGGGCAGUGACUAGAUUUCCACGAAUGUGUCUUACUCUAUCCUUCAGCUGGCGGUUACUCUUAGCUCUUACUGAUCCCUUGAAGUUGUUCUGCAGGAGACAGAAGUUCUCUGCUGUCUGUAUCCCUCUGAGGAAGAAGGUAGUGGCGGUGGAGUGUGUGUUCUUUCUCCAAAUUCAUGAUGAUGUUUGUUAAACACGUCUGUAGCCAAGAUGGUGGUAGUUCUCUUGUUACGGAAGUCACCCUGCAUCGUGGCGAUUUGCGAAGGAGAUGUGCUUGAAUGUUUCUGUAAAUCUUUUUGAGAUAAACUGUUUGGGGAUUUAACCACCUCUCUGAUGGGGGACCAACUCUAUGGAAAUUGUAAAUAAGUUUUAUUUAUAAACCUGGCACUGUAUUCAAUAAACAUUUCUGCAGCCUUUCAUCUCUAA